GUGAAGAUCACUGCAGGUUCUGGGAGUCGUUAUACCGUCUGGGCGGGACAAGGAGUGUUAGCAACAGCUUCUGGUGAGAAUGUUUUAAGGUAUGCAAACGUAGGUGUCCAGUUUGGAUAAUGUAUGAUGUUAUUCAAUAUUCCGCUGCCAUUAUUUAUGUUUAUGUGAACUACCUAAAAGCUACACCUGAAAAGGGGAGAUCUAUAGUGUAACAUGCCUAUAACCAAGCUUUAGAGUUACCGGGUCGCAGCCGAAGAGGCGAGAAACCUCUAGGAAGUUUUUGAUUUUCUAAUGUUGGAAAUGUUUAGUAGUAACACUAGUCACUGAUAGGCAAUUCCAGCUUUUAGUUUAUGCGUGCAGGGGGUGAUGGGAAGUAAGGUAUCAUAUUGCUGAAAAUGCUGAAAAAGUAAAAAUGACGGCCGUGUAAACACAGAGUGGUGGCUUAAACUUGUUAAUGUUGAAAUAUUUCGGUUGUUUCGGCAGUUUUUAUUGAUUUUUUUAGCAUAAUCAGCAAUAUGAUACGUUACUUCCCGUCACCCCUGCGCGCAUAAACUAAAAGCUGAAAUUGCCUAUUGAUAAAAUCACAGUUUCAAUUCACUUUAUAAACACUCUCAAAACACUAAACAUUGUACUUUCGAAACUAAUUAAUAUUCUAAAUUAAUUAAUAUUCUAAACUGCGAGUUAAACUAAUUAAUAUUCUAAACUACGAAAUGUUUGACACUAUAAAGUUAAAACAUUUUUUCCCGUCUCUCACAAUUACAAAAAAGGUGUUUGUGGUAAUAUUUGGGACGCUAACCAACCAGAAAUUGGAUAAAUCCCAUUGAAUCCAUUCAUGCAGUAUCUGAUUUAUUUCUCUGCAUGAACUUGAAACAUUCCGGUUCGGUUGACUCAUUGCUACUUACCGGGCUGCGUACGUAGUAUUAUACAAAAGAUUGUCAUGAUUUGUGUCUGAACUACCUCAAACCUUUGGUCCAAUGUAGAUAUGGUAUCCUAUCAAAUAUUUAAAUAAACACGAUGCCAUAUGGUAUUUGCUUUAUCUAUAGAAUGUUGGAUAUAGGUCGCAAUGAGAAUUAUGUCCUGGGACUAGAGAGUGCUGCUUAUGAACAAGGUGAAUGCAUUACGUGCAUUGCGUAUUCCUCCAUGAAAGGUGAGUGACGUUUGAAGUAUGCUAGAUGUGCAUGAUAUUAUACUGUAUUUUAUUUAGAUUUUAGGAUAUUUGGGCAUCUCACUCUCGACUAAACCAACGCUCCUGUAUGACCCUGUAGAUUAAAAAUUUCAAUUCCUGCCGUAGGGCCCAUAGCAUUUUCCGCGGCUGCUCCUGGUUGGGUUUGAAGAAAGUAAUUUUAAAAUUAUAUAUGAAACUCUUUUCCCGAUUUUUUAUACCUUUGACUGAAAACAAUGAGCUGCCGCCAUCUUGGAUUUUGUUUUCAUCUCAUUAAUGAACGGUGGUUUUGGUGAUGUAACAAGCAGGGUUAGCCCAUAGAAAUAUAGAAUGCGUACUUGAUCACGAAUCAUGUUUCGACUUUUUCUCAAGCAUACCCUUUCAAAUCCGCCAGAUUGAAUUUGACUAUUGGAGUGAGAAAUAUAAAGUAGCUAUAAACAAAGCUAAGAAUAAGUUUUCAUCGUCCAAAAGUUUUGAUUUCCUGUCUAAUUUUCAGUUUGAGGAAAGGUUUAAAAAUAUUAGGUUCUUUGAAGGCUCAAAAGCAACUUCGGUAUUCAAGUUCACAUUUACUCGUUUUAACUGUAAUUAACUAAUAUAAAGUGUUGCAUCUGUUGUUCGUUUACUAAAACGGUAAAACAAAGUAAUUUCGCGUGGUCAUAAUUUACUCUUAAAACUUUUUUUGCAUGCUCUGAGCAGUUUUGUUGCAUUUUGUGAACUUCAAUUUAAUGUAAAAUGUUUAACUGAAUUGCUUCGUAAAAUGUUUUGAAAUGUUAAUUCAACCACACUGUUUUUGGCGAAAAACUGUUUUUACUAAUGUCCUGUGAUGAAAAAAAAAGUUCAAAUUGUUGUUUAAUUUCAGUUCGGUUCUUUCACAUUUUUCCUUUUUUCUUAAGUUAAAUUGAAAAAGAAAAGUUUACGCAGUGCGUGUUUUACGCAAGAAGUUGAAGAACAAACUUCAUAAAGCCGGUUUUCCACUAGCGAUUUUUUUCGCGCGAAGCGAAUUUAUCCUUUGUCUUUGGGCAAUUUGUUCCAGAUGGUUGCAGCUGAGAGCUCUAAAACAAUAGCAAAAUGUCGCUUCGUGCGAAAAAAAUCGCUAGUGGAAAACCGGCUUAAACAUUAAAUAUUCAAAGCGAACUUGCCUCCGACUAUAUUUUAUAUUUACAGGUAUUCUUGCUGGUGGGACAAACCUUGGUAAGAUAGCGAUGUGGCAUGCUGUGAAGAAUAAGACUGGAGCAGAGAUUGAUGGCGAGAAAAAAUGGGAGUUGUCGUCCCCUUCAGUUAUACAAGAGCCUGUUUUACAACUGCAGGUUUGACGUUCUUUAUUUACUAGAAUAUUCUCUUCAGUUUUUUGGAGUUAACCAAAACAAUUUGCAACGGGAUCCCAACACUUGACAUCCAUGUCAUCUUACGUGUAUGAGUCGUGGAAGAAAUUUAGUUUGAGGGCAAUAUGGGGCUUUCAUCAGAGCAUGCAAGCGCCUUUUCACCUCUGAGAUCAUGUGUUCGAUUCUCGCUGUGAACACAUGACAAUUAUGUGUAUUUCGCAUAGAAAACGUCCUCGUCUAUACAGAGUGUAUAAAAAAACUGAACAGAUUUGAAAUUGCUCUCAAUUUCGCAAAACAGCUAUUAGUAUCCAGUUUUUUAUAUAUAUGGCUUCUUUGGGUACUUAUAAUGUAGAAUAAUGAAAAAAAUUUCGCGAACACAAAUUUUGUAAACCAGGGGGGGGGUGUCUUUUCCGACAAAAAAUUUAAAAGCUACAAUCGUAUUUUGAGUUAUUGGAUGAAAAAGGGGUUGGGUGUUUAAUUGCUGCACGAAAUUUCAGACAAUUUGCUUCAGUUUAAGCCCUUGCAAUGCAACUUGCAUGCUUUAUUAAUGCAUUUGCCCAAUUUGCAUAUGUCAGCAAUAUGCAAAUUAGGUAAAGGCAUUAAUUAAGCAUGCGGAAGGCUGAUUUUUUAGGAAAAAAUGCAGCCUAGUCCCAGUCGUUCUGAAGCAAGCGCGAGAAAAAAAGUGGAUGUAGUACGAGACUGGGGCCUAGGUGUGACGUCACCGCUCAAGGUGCUUCACUAGGCUCUCUCGCUGAAGCGUUCCGCACAGCACACAGAAAUUUUUUUCGUUGUUCUACCUUAUAAGUACCCAAAGAAGCUAUAUACAUCAAAAACUAGAUACUAAUGGCUGUUUUGCGAAAUUGAGAGUAAUUUCAAAUCUGUUCAGUUUUUUUUUAUACACCCUGUAUAUAACCAGCUUUACGUUUUCUGUUUGUUAGUGGGGCGGAGGUAAGGGACUUCUUGGUGCCAAUGUUGGAUCAUCAGUUGUCAUCCUCAAAGAGCAAAUAAUGAAUAUACAUUUUAACGACAUGGUAAGUUAGAACUUUGUAUUGUAAAGCAGUCUUCCACUUCUGCUUUUAAUUAACAGCAACUGGCUAAGUCUCCGUCGCUUUUAUGCCGGAACGAGAACUGAACAAUUAAAGUCAGUCACUCGACUCGUCGAUCAACUCUUCUUAGUUGUAUACAUGGUAUUAAUUAACGCAUUAAACAAACCUGAAUGAUUUGUGUUUGAACAAUGUGAACGUGGUUCAAAGUUCAAACCCGAAAUUUUGCCCUAAAUUUUAGAUCAAUCGAUGUAACUACCUACCGUACCGGCUGGUAUAACCGUAUAAGCUCCCAUAUCGUCAUCGGAAUUGAUCGUGUCCGCAAAUUGGAUUUUUCGUUAUCGGCUUAUGCCUAAGUAAACUCGAAUUAGCGAUCUGUGCCAGUGUAGGUAGUGUCAAAAACACCAUCAUGAGAUAAAUACAGAUGGAUAUGGAUUCAAUCCCUUUGUCGAGAAGUUGGUAGCCAAACUACUACAUUCCCGACGAAGGUUGUUCGCUCGAAACGUCGCAGUUUUACUUGUAUUUUUCAGGUAAUUGAAUCCCUAUUCAUCUGCUUUUCUCUCAUGGCCAAGUAGUAAUAACUUAUCUUCAUUUUUUAUGCAGGUUGCUGCAAUACAAAUCUCCCCCAGUCAGUUAACGAUAGAGAAUUUUGCCACAGAUUAUUGUCACGAUCUUAAAACAGAUAUACAUAUCAAAGGAGUUUACAUGCUCAAGGUAAGAUCAAUUUCUACUUAAAUGUGCAAAUAAUAUGUAGCCGAUAAAUUAUAUCCAGAAGUUGCAGUGGUUUGUAUCUGAACUAAAUGAAUAAGAUUGGAAAUACUUCGUGGUCAAGUGCUUUUUUCAGGUACUCUAUAGACAAAACCUAUGGCAGAGCUUAUUGUAGAAUACUACCACAGAGUAGAUACAUACAGAGCUGGAACUAGCCGUUGUAAACACGGCGGAAACUUACGUUUUCAUGUACCUACUUUUUUUCAGGUGACCGGCCAAAAAAUGAUCAACUGCGCGUGCUUGGCAAGUUCCGCGAGCAGUUAAAGCGAGUCGCCAUCCAACGGGAUGCAUGCAUCUAGUAACUUGCCGAGCAUGCGCGCAAAAAAGUGGGUACACUAGUUAUAACUCUGUAUAUGUAGCUACUCUGUGAUACUACCUACAAUGGACCACCACUUUGAAGAUAUCUUUUUUAGGUAGUUCAGACACAAACCAUUACCUACACUGGACUACCAUGCACGUUUGAGAUAUCUUGAUUCUUGAGAAAAAUUUGUAAACAUGUUUUCCCAGGAUCACGUGAUUGUCUGGGAUGGCAAACGUGUUGUCGUCUAUGAAGUUUCUUCCGACAUGGUGAUGGUGAGAGCUGCCGGUAAAUAAUCUUUCUUUCUCUAGUUCUCAUAUCUUACCAUUACUAGGCAAGUUCUGUGAUGGUGUUUGGAUGUAUUCUUUGCCGUCCAUAGUGCCCACCGUUAUAUAUUUGCCACAAAAAAUCGGGGAUGCCGUAGUAUGAUGUAAUAGAGACCUUACGAUGUAGGACGGCAACGCAACGACAACGGCCAGAAUAAAAUCAUUCAAAUAAACGAUUGUAAUGAAUAUUUGUAUAGACUAUUAUUGAUCGUAUGAAUUUAAAACUGCUUGGUUAGCUUGAAAUAGUGGCUUUAUCGUUGAGAAAGUUUCGCUGUGAGUACUGAGCUAGUUUCGUUGCGAAAUGUUGUAAAAUGCGGAUAAUAUAGCUCUGCGAAGAUUGCCGUUUUUCACUCAUUUUGUAUUACGCACGGGAAAUUGAUACCGCUUUCUGAAAAAAGGUAUAUUUUGUGAUGCUCUUUCAAGCUGUGAUGAGAUUUUUAUCUAGAUAAUAGGUCCAUUGUUCGUUUCUUUUCUUUUCUUUUCUUAAAAAUUAUAAAUCACAUUGUUUGAAUAGCCGUCGUAGUCACGUUGCCGUCCCACAUCGCAAGUACUAGAUAAAACAUGAGCAGCCGAUAUGUAUCUAAUAUACAAACUUAAACCGAAACUUAAAAAAUGACCCAUCUUAUGAGUUCAUUGGCGAAGUAAUUUUAAAAAUAAACAUUGUCUAAGCCGAGAAAAUCAAAGCUCAAGUUUAUGUAAAUCAGGACAAAUCUUUAUCCAAUUUACAAACAUUGAUUAAACAUUCAUUUCUUUUGUAUUUUCCUCGUGAAUUAUUAAUACCCUUUUUAGUGCAGAGUUUCUUUGAAACUGUGCACUAUUGUGAUGAGUGGGAAAAUUCACAUCAGUCAGUCAGUCAAUCAGUCAUAGAGUAAACUUUCCGGGGGGUGUAUUAUGUGUAUACGAUUUAUGUUUGUAGUGAUUUAUUGUGCUUUGAAGGUUAUUUAGGCAAUUUCAGUUGUUUUAUUUAAAUAUUCUUUUGUCCUUUUGCCAAGUUCACAAAAAUUUCGAGGAAUCGUUGUCGUUAUUGUAAAUUUUUGUAAAUUUUAUAACAUUCGCGUCUCAUGUUGUGUGAAGGAUCUUUCCCCCCGGAAAACCCAUUUUUUUCUUUAGCAACGCAAAUGCGCAUGCGCUAUCAAGCCGUAGAUCACGAUGGCGUGACGAUGGUAGGAAGGAGCGCUGGAGCGACACAGUGUUGUUUUCAAAUUAUAAACAUUUUGGACGUGAAUAUUGAGUAAAUCUUUGAGAAUCUACGGAAUAUAUAAAUCGAUGUUAUGCAUUAAGGGCAUUCAAUUAAGUACCGAUAUUAUUUUGACGGUAUAUUCAUUAUACAAAGCUAGGAGGCAGCGAGACAAGUGUUGUUUCGAAAUGUAUAAACAUUUCAGACGUGUAUUAUAUUGAGAAAAUCUUUGAGAUUCUACGCAAUAUAUAAAUUGAUGUUAUGCAUUACGGGCAUUCAAUUAAGUACCGAUAUUAUUUUGAGGGUAUAUUCAUUGUACAGAGCUAGUAGGAAGCAGCGAGACAGUGUUGUUUUGAAAUGUAUAAACAUUUCAGAUGUGUAUUAUAUUGAGAAAAUCUUUGAGAUUGUACGCAAUAUAUAAAUUGAUGUUAUGCAUUUAUACGGGCAUUCAAUUAAGUACCGAUAUUAUUUUGAGGGUAUAUUCAUCAUUGUACAGAGCUAGGAACUGAAGCAGCGAGACAGUGUUGUUUUCAAAUGUAUAAUCAUUUCAGACGUGUAUUAUAUUGAGAAAAUCUUUGAGAUUCUACGCAAUAUAUAAAUUGAUGUUAUGCAUUACGGGCAUUCAGUUAAGUACCGAUAUUAUUUUGAGGGUAUAUUCAUUGUACAGAGCUAGGAACAUCUAUGGCUAGGAAGCAGCGAUGUAUAAACAUUUCAGACAUAAAUAUUGAGAAAAUCUUGGUUUACGUGUCUAGCACAAGUCGCACAACGCCAACGGUGCAAACUCGUGUUCAGUGCAACGAGAACUCUACCAUAUCUUACGAGAUUCUAUCUGUAUCAAAGCUUGUCAAAACUGCUAUAAACACUGCUAUAACUGUGAAACCAUUGAAAUCUAAAGUGACGUUAUUGAAUACAUGCGAAAAGCUGAAAAUGCAGUCAUGAACACAACGCGACCUUCAAAAUAACUCAAAGGUCAGUGAGACUUGUUAUUGUGAACACGUCACAACUAGGUUAAAAUGCGGAAGCGGAUGCAAAACGGAGCGGCUCCGCGGAACGGAUAUGGAGAUAAAAUGCGGAACGGAACGGAUUUGGAUAAAAUCGCCUCUUUUUUACGUUUCCGUGUUUUAGAUUUAUGUUUUUUUGUAAUGGAAUACAACGUCGUAGUGCUUAUUAUUCAUAACGUAUCUUAUACAGCUAUUUCAAUUAAAGUUGUGACUGAGACAAUAGUCAAAUGUACAAUAUGGGCGCUAAAACGAUGAUGGCAAUAAUCAUAGAUUUAAAUAAGUUUAGCAUAUCAGUAGUCUUGUGGGGAUACAUACGGCGACAGCUCCAAUAAAUUGUGUCAGUUCCACGAGGCACGACGUUUCUGAUGUAUUAGGCUUGUUUUAAACGUCGAGUUACUCGUGUGCCGAACGCAUUAAAAACAAUAGAUAAUGAGAUGAAAUGCCUAUGGUAACUGUUUAUUUCGUAGUGUAACCCAUCAGCUUUUCUAGGUUGUCGGCGAUCCUAUAUAAUUCUUGCAGUGUCUUUCAAUUUCAAACUUUAUAACAUUAUAACAGAAAUUAUGCCUUGUCACUAUAAUAUUAUAUGGGGAAAUAAAUAAUAUUACGUAACUCUCGUUAUUCUUCAACCGUAAAGUAUUAUAUUAACCAGAUCUUAGCCUUUUUACUGUUGUAACAGUUCCGCGCGCUACUACGACAUGUGAUUAAGGCUAUAAACCACGCUUGAAAAGCUAUGCAAUUAAUAAGCAUGCCUUAUAGCGUUUGUCUUUGAAACUCUGCACUAUCCUUGGAUCCCUAGUCUUUUAUACUACUUAAAAGAUUUAAGUGGCAAAGUUAUAUAUUUAAAAAUUAUAAUAUAGCAUGUGUAAAUUCUGAACGCUGAUUGGCUACGAGCCGUGUUGAUAUAACUGAAUAUCAACACGGAUAAUUUAUUUGGCUUUAUAUUUCUUUGUGCUAUAUUAUAAAACAAAUAUAAAACAUUUUUUCCGUAUUGAUAAACAGUUGUGUAUAUCAACACUCGUGGAAAUUGGGAAAACUCGAAAUUGUGGGAAACCACUCAGCCCUACUCCGCCCUCUGGGCGUCGUGUUUCCACACAAUUUCUUGUUUUCCCUAUCUCCACUCGUGUUGGUAUACACAACUGUAUAUCAACGCGGAAAAUGUUUUAUAUUUGUUAAAUAUAAAACAUUUUCCGUGUUGAUAUACAGUUUUAGUAUUUUUGCACAAGCUAGUGAACAUAAUAAAUCCUACAAGUUGAUUGGUCAAAUUUAACGUAUUAAGCUCUUAUAUUCACCUACAGGUGAAUAUAACAAAAUCGAAAUUUUCAAAAUGGCGGCUAGCCGUUUUGUGGAAGUUACUGUUAAAGAAAUCAGCGAAAUUAAAAUAAAUUCAGUCCCAAAAAACACAAAAGACUUGUGUAAAAAUACUAAAACAAUUAUUCGCCUCAGGUUCGGUGAUUAUCGGGGAAUAUUAUACCUCAAAUUUAAAUUGUCCAAUCAGGAAGCUAGAUUUGUACCACGUGAGCAUGAAAUUUAUCAUCGUAUCGCGCUUACGUCAUUCGUAUUUGGUGCAGCAGGAAGUUUCAGUCAUAUUCACCGGUGAAUAUGAGUCAAAUUCACCGGUGAAUACGAUUCGCGUAGACCACGCGAGACAACACGCAUGACAACAACAUGGCCGACAAAGUAUAAAUAGUAUUGAUGAGUGAUGAAUAAUCUGGGUAAAUGACUGUAAAACCUGGGGCUUUUUCAAAAUUUUGAAGUAAAUUUUGAAAAAUGUUGUCAAUAUUCCAAACGAUAUGUGAUUCGAAAGAAAAGCGACGAUACUUGCGUUAAUCCGAAAAUAAAACAUCGUAUUCACGAAGGUAUGUGUCAAGUUUUUAUUUCUCAACUUGGAGGCUUUUAAUUUUCGGUAUAAUAUAUCAUUUAUAGACCCUCCGCUCGGGGGAUUCGGCGAAAUAUUUCCCGAAGUGAUGAUAUUUCCCUCGGGCUUCGCCCUCGGGAAAUAUCAUCACUUCGGGAAAUAUUUCGCCGAAUCCCCCUCGCUCCGGGUCUAUAAAUGAUAAAUAUUCACCUCGACUUCGUCUCGGCGAAUAUUCCCCGAUAAUCACCUCGCCUUCGGCGAAUAAUUGUUAAAUAUCAACACGAGUGGAAAUUGGGAAAACGAGAAAUUGUGUGGAAACAACACGACGCCCGGAGGGCGGAGUGUUUUCACACAAUUUCGAGAAAGAAAUUUUCCGUGUUGAUAUUGAGUUUUGUCAGAAAGAAAUUUCUGUCAGAAAGACUUUCCAAUUUCGAGAAAGAAAUUUUACGUUACGUCCAGAAUUUACAAGUGCUAUAUUAUUAAUAUAUAUUAAUAUAUAUAUAUAUUAAUAAUGCUAUAUUAAUAAUGCUAUAUUAUUAAUAUAUAUUAAUAUAUAUAUUAUUAAUAUAUAUAUAUAUAUAUAUAUAUAUAUAUAUAUAUAUAUAUAUAUAUAUAUAUAUAUAUAUAUAUAUAUAUAUAUAUAUAUAUAUAUAUAUAUAUAUAUAUAUAUAUAUAUAUAUAUAUAUAUAUAAGAUUAAAGUGAAGAAGUUUUAAGCUAUAGGAGUAUAGCUAUACGUCCGCAUUAAUCCUUUUCCGAACACUCCGGUUUUGAUAUUUUGAAAACGCAUCUAACACAAAAUCUCACUACAGACACUAGUGUUUGGGAUUUUUUCAUAAAACGCGAUUGUCGAACAGAAAGGAAAAAUGAGCUUGGACGAUAUUUGAGUUCGGUAAAUUGGGACAUAAUCGAUGCUGUGGAAAUCUGUGAGGAUAAACUUUCCUUUUUAGAAGAUAUUAUUAAAAUUGGGUUGGAUCAUAUUAUGCCCUUGAAAGAAACUAUGACUCAUUCUCUCAACGCUCCAUGGGUUACACCUGAAUUUAUCCACCUCAUUAAAUGUCGUCAACAAUAUUUUGCUAAAAUGGAUUUUAUUACCUACCGAUUCUACCGUAUCCUUGUAAACAGGGAAAGAAAGUCUUUGCGAGAACAUUAUUUUUCUAGUAAGGUAAAAUAUCUGAAGAAUGCAAAGCCCUCAGCAUGGUGGAAAGAAUUGAAAAAUAUAGCAGGUAUGCAGGUACCAACUUCAGGUGAGGACUUGACUGCACAGCUACAUAUUGACAACAUUGACAAAGAGAACCUGUCUGUUACUACAAAUAAGAUCAACCAAACAUUUCUAGAGCCUAAGCUCUCCAUAGCAACCCAUAUGCAGUUCAACGUAUAGGAUCGGACCUGAUUAAGAAUUUUCAUAUAUUACGGAGUACUCCACAUAUAAUAUCCUCCGAAACUUAAAUGUACGAAAAGUUGGUGGCCCAGACGGAAUUUCCAACUGGAUUCUUGGGGAAUAUGCCGUAAUUCUGGCAAAACCAAUUUCUUCGAUUUUGAACAGCUUCUAUAAAGAAGAACACCCCCCUUCAUCACGGAAACAGGCUGAUAUUACCCCAAUCCCAAAAGAAAAGCUAAUUAUAGAAGUGAACAAACAUCUUCGACACAUAUCACUUACACCAUCUAUCUCAAAGGUGGCCGAUGAUUAUAUUGUCACUAAUUACAUAGCACCUGCAGUUCUCGAAAUUAUUGAUCGCAGCCAGUAUGGCGCUAUCAGAAAGGCGUUUGAUCUGAUCGAUCACAACAUUUUAGCAAAGAAAAUUGACGAGUUGUCACAAUUCCUCGAAAAGUAGCAUGUUGGGCAGUGGAUUUUCUGAUGAACAGAUUCCAAAGAACUGAACUAUCGAAUGUAUAUUCAGAUUGGGAAAUGGUACCAUCCGGUGUUCCCCAAGGGAUCAAGUUGGGCCCAUGGCUGUUUUUGCUAAUGAUCAAUGACCUCCACCUAGACGAUACAGAUUUAUGGAAUUCCCAAAGGCAGCAACAGUAACAUCCAAGUUGCAACUUCUAAAGUCGAAAACUGGUCUUUAGACAUAAACUAACAAAAUGUAAAGAACUGAGAAUUGAUUUCAAGAAGAGAAAACAACAUUUUCAUCCUGUCAUGGUAAGCGGCAGACCAGUUGAAGUUGUUAAUCACGCAAGUCACGCAAAAUUGCUUGGUUUGACAGUUUCCGACUUGUUGCCUGGAAUAAGCACAUUGAAGAAACAAUGGAUGACUUACGCUUUAGAAAAAUUUUUAAUCUGGGAAUAACAAAGGAUAUUUUCUGAAAGAAGUUAUCAAAAUUAGAAAAACUGCAAAGUUUGGUUGCGAAAUGUUGUAAAAUACGGAAAAUAUAGCCCUGCGAAGUUGGCGAAUUUGUAUAUAUUUCUAUUACGUGCGGAAAUUGGUAACUAAUUUAGUUACCAAUUCACGCACGUAAUACAAAAGUAUACAAAUUUGCCAACUUUGAAGGGCUAUAUUUUCCGUAUUUUACAACAUUUCGCAACCAAACUUUGUAAUAUUACUAAUUCCAAAACGCUCUUUCCAGCUGUGGUGAUAGAUUUCGUUGUUCGUACUUAGAUUAAAAUUUAGUCUAAAGCGCAAGUCGUCCAUUAAAAAAGCAAACAAACGAUUAUAUUGUCUUGUUCAACUAAGACGGGUAAGAGUUCCUGAGAAAGAAAUUGUGCAAUUCUAUUGUUCUUGUAUUAGACCCGUCUUCGAAUACACAGCUCCAGUUUUACAUCACACUCUACCAAAAUACCUGGAAGAAGAUUUAG